AUGGACGACGAGGGGUCGGUGGAGAUCGAGGAACUCUUCGCUCUGCUCAACCAAAGGCAGGAAACGGGAGGCGAGGCUGAAGGGCACGGGCCCAACGAAGAAGGCGCGGGUCGUGAUGGAGUUGGUGCUAGCCCCGAUCAGAACGUUCGACCAAUCAACGAGGUGACGUCUUCCGGCAUGUUUGGGCUGGACGGACCGCCAGACGUGGCGGAUGUCGAGAAGCUGCGGUUUGCCUGUGACGCUGUUGGCGCAGGUGCCGACGACGGCCGCGCGGGCCCGAGAACGUGGGUCGGAUCCUCGGUGGGGGGGGGUCGAGGGCGUGGCGACGAUGGCAGUGAGCCAUACAUUCGAGUCUCGCGGGGGGAUGAGUUUGCCGACUCCUUUGAGACGUCCUUCUUCGCCAGAACGUUCCCGACCCUGUUCCCAUUUGGCGUUGGGGGACCAAGAGCUGCUGAGGCAGGGGCGGCAGCGGGAGACAUCGUAUCCUCCCGAAGCUUGAACCUCCGGAUUUGGGCCGACAUCGUGCUCCGGCGCCAUGGUGGCCGGUUUGCGUUGCACCACAUAUUUGCAUUUCUCGUCUUCAACAUGGGGGUGCGGUCGAGGAACCGCCGCGUCAGCAUGCUGAGUGUGGCGAGGAAGGACUUCGGCAAGGUCGAGCGCGUUGCCCGCUCGAUGACCGCGCAAAGGAGCUUCUCAGGAGCCUCUCGCUGUACGGCCACCGGCAACCCAUGUCGAGAGGUUCGGCUCAAUAUGCGGCGGAAAAUCCAGUCGCUCAUCGUUGGCUACGGCGUUCCGGCCAUCUGGUUCACCAUCAACCCAAACGACAUUACGAACCCGGUGAAGCUGCGACUGGCGGCAUAUCGGACACGCGAUCCCGGCGCGGCCGAGGAGUUCCUAGAAGGCCUUGGGAGUGCGUACAAGCGGACAAGGCUGGCCAUGUCCGAUCCGAUGAGCGCCGCCGUAUUCUUCCACCGGGAGAUGAAGCUGUUCUUCGAUCAUUACGUGAAGGUCGGAGAAGACUCGAUGCUUGCCGACAUCCACGGGGAGGAUCAGGCGGCGUAUCGCGAGCGAAUCAUACGAUACGUCGAUAGUGUCUUCUCCGAGGAUCUGGAUCAGGAAGGGUUCUGCGCCGUGCAAGCGGAGCGAUCUGUGACGUCCGAUAUUUCCUCCCUGCUGGACAACACCGAGCAGUUUUCGGCCGCAUUUGACGAGGAGGCCAACUUCUGUGCCGGCGCUACACAGGUUCACACGCAUAGCCCGACCUGUGUCAAGUAUUCCUUGGGCAAAGGAGCGCGGAAAGGGAAUCCAUGCCGGUUUAAGUCUCCAUGGAGGUUGGUCGACAAGACCGCCAUCACGGCAGACGGGGUGUUGCAGAUCCGGAGGACUCACAGCAUGGUCAAUCGAUGGAACAAGGCUAUCGCUGUUGGGCUCCGGCACAACCACGACAUUUCCUUCAUUGCGACGCAGCGCAAGACCAUGGCCCUUAUGUAUUAUGUCACGAACUACGCGACGAAGGUGGAGGACCCGGUGUGGAAGCGUGUGGCGGCCGCGGCCGAUCUCCUGGCCGCCUCAACGGGUGACGGCACGGCCAACGGAGGACAGGACGACGGUGGAGGUGCUGUCGAGGUCGUCGCUCAUCUUCUUGGAUAUCCGGCCGAGUUCACCAACAGCAGCGCCUGGGCGUACCUGAACACAUCUCUGCUGUACUGGGAAGUCUUUCGACGGUGGCCGUAUCUCCGACGAGCAAGUGGCGCGGCGGCCAUAGAUGAUACUCUGGAUGAGUCGGUGCUCAGGCGGCCGGGCAAGCAUGCUACCGUCUGCCUCGAUGGCUACCUGAGCAAGGACUUCGGCCACAACGACGACGAGGAGUCGUGCCACCGGAGCAUCUGGGAGCGGGCGCGAGAGGCGCUGGCCCCGAGAAUAUCAUGUCUCGUCGACAACGUGCAGCUGCUUCGACGAUCAGCCGAAGACGCAAAGCGCGACGCCAAGCAAUGGGCGGCCUCAUCCGGCGAUGGCGAUUCCACGGUCGCCCACGUCGAGGAGGGCGAGACAGGCGAGGCGGGCGCAGAAUUUGCAGCGACGUAUCGGUCCAACAACAUCGGAGACGCAACGCGCCUGAUCGACGUCGUCCGAGGCGCAGUGGGCACGAAUCAGGUGACGGCCAAGUCGCCGGAGCUCAUGGCAAUGAUGCGGCAGCUCUGUCGAUUCCAGCAAUCGGCGCUCUGCUCAACGGCCGAGCUCGAGGCCAUCGCGAUUCCCGAACAAGGGUUGAGGUGCAUAAGCAUGCCAGGGCGGGUAUUUUCCGGGGCCGCACUACCGCCGCAGGAUCAGGUCAAGGCUAUCAAGUCGCAGCAGAUAAUCGCAGUCCGGGAAAGCGAUCGCCGAGCUGCGUUGGAGGGUGAUGACCGGCUUCGGGAGGACGACGUCGAAAUGACGACAGCCGACUCCGACGAGACGGCUAGCGACGCAGAAGCGGGAAUGCGCGUCCAGUUUGGCCCAUCGACCUCCUUCUUCGCGGCGGGCAAGGAGUUGUCAACACGGCUAACGCUGAACAAGAGGCAGUCGAUCGCUUUCCUAAUAAUAUGCCGCCAGCUCGAUUUGAUGCGACAAACGAAUAGGGCGAUGCCGGCCAGCUCUGCCAGCUCGUCGGCGGCGAGGGGGCACCGGCAAGUCGCGGAUCAUUGGGGCACUCGUCGAGCUGUUCAGUGGGAAGAGCCUUUCGAAUCGUCUGCUGAUCACGGCGACGUCAGGGACUGCCGCGGCGCAGAUCAACGGCAUCACGAUCCACCCGCCUGCGGGUUCACUAAAGACCAAGGGCGGGCGGCGCGAACACAGCCAAGGACCUUGACGGGAAAGAUUUCGGGGAUCCCCAUCGUCCUCUUCUGCGGAGACUUUCAGCAGUUCCGGCCGGUCCAAGAGAGGUCGAUCGUCCUGCCGAGCGCGGCCAUCUCGUGGGACGUAGACAACUCGUUCAAGGCCGAGCAGCGGCACCAGCACGACAAAGCGCACGCGCUGUGGAAGAGAUUCACGACGGUCGUCAUGUUGAACGAGCAAAUGCGCGCCGCCGGGAUCCGGAAUUGCAGGGGCUGCUGA